AUGCACUCAGACGCCAGCACCGACGAGUCCGGCCCCAACAUCAGUGACGCCAGCUCCGACCACGAGCACCCCAUCUCCUACGACCCCCAAGCCAAGUACACCGGUGCCGACAAGCCCAACACCCACCUCGGUGACGUCAACAUCGACGCCGACCACGAGCACCCCAGCACCUACUACUCCCAAGCCAAGCACGCCAGCGCCAACGACAGGUUCAACUCCGACCACCUCAACGCCACCGAGGACGUUCCCGCCUAUCACGCUGGCGCCGAGCCCAACCACCUCGGUGGCUCCCGUGCCAUCGCCGAGUGCGUCAACCAGCUCGCCGAUUCCGACGACGCCGAGUCCCGUGCCGGUGCCGACGACGGGUGCUCCGGUGACGACUGCACCAGUGCCACCCACGAGUGCGCCCGUGCCAACGAGUGGCCCCACGUCAGCCCCAGUGCCCCCGUCUCCGACCACACCGACCCCGGCGACGUUGACGCCUGCGCCAACCACGGUCACUCCAGCUCCAACCACGGUGACGCCGUCGCCCACCACGAUGACACCAUCGCCGACAACUGCGACGCCUCAACCAACGACGGUGACGCCUCAACCGACGACUGUGACGCCAGCUCCUACAACAGUGACGCCACAGCCGACCACAGCGACGCCUCAACCAACGACAGUGACGCCUCAACCAACGACGGUGACGCCCGUGCCCACCACAGUGACACCGCAGCCGACGACGGUGACACCGCAGCCGACCACUGUGACGCCCGUGCCGACGACACUGACGCCUCAACCGACGACACUGACGCCUCAACCGACGACAGUGACACCUGUGCCAACCACUGUGACUCCACGACCCACUACGGUGACGCCCGUACCGACUACAGUGACUCCCGUGCCGACAACCGUAACUCCUCAACCCUCUACGACGACUCCUGCCCCAACGACAGCCACACCGGGGCCGACGACGGUGACGCCUCAGCCAACGACUGUGACGCCCGUGCCCACCACAGUGACGCCGAACCCGACAACGGUGACACCUGUGCCAACCACUGUGACUCCACGACCGUCUACGGCGACACCGGCGCCGACUACACUGACGCCUCAGCCAACGACGGUGACACCUGCGCCCACCACGGUGACUCCACGACCCACUACGGUGACGCCCUUGCCGACUACAGUGACUCCCGUGCCGACAACCCCACGCCGGUGCCACCGUACCCAACGCAGCCUCCGAAUCCUUACCCCACGCGUGCCCCCGACUACCCAACGCGGGCUCCGUAG